AUGUCUUCACCAAGCUCCAGCUCCAGCUUCUCUUCCUCUUCCUCUUCGUCUUCAUCUUCAUUCCCACCACCAGAAACCCACGAGAUGAACUACAUCGUCAUCCCUAUCGCAGGAGACCAAGACUCCUCCCCCUCAACCGCCCCACGAGUCGUCGCAACACAAACGCUCAGUCCGGAGGCCCCAACAGCCCCCCACCCCAGACGCCUCAAGCACGUCGACAUCGAUGAGCACCUGCUCAGAACCAACGAGGCCAUCGUCCGCAACCAGCACUGGAUCCUGUUCGGUCAGAUCGGCCUCAUGAUUCUGAUUAUCGUGACCACGCUGGUCGUUGCGCAGCAGCUGGAGGGGGUGCAUUGCACGCCUUGA